UGACCGUGAAGAUGGACAUUCUCAGCGACUAUGGCUACCUGUCAGCUAUCGAGUACCCCCUUAGAACAUUUUAUGGCCUUCUCUCUCUGGCGUACGUCCUACUGGGAUUUGUCUGGCUUGCCUUCACGUUUUGCUACUGGAAGGACCUCCUACGCAUUCAGUACUACAUCACUCUAAUGAUAUGCAUCGGCAUAUGUGAACAGAUCACUCUUUAUGCCGUCUAUGAGACACUCAAUAGGACCGGGGUUGCCGUGUUCAGUGUCCUCAUAUUUGCAGCCCUGGUGAGCUGUGCAAAACGUACCCUCGCCCGCUUCCUUGUUAUGGUGGUCUGUAUCGGUUACGGCAUUACAAAGUCGAGUCUGGGCACCGUUUACAAACGAGUGCUUGUCGUGUGUGUUGUCUACUUCAUCUGCUCAGCAAUCGACUCUGGUAUCCUCGUGCAUCAUGGACGUUUUAAGCCUUCGCUUUUGGUGCUCCUUGGGGGCCUGCCACUCAUCUUCAUUGAUCUAGUCAUCCUCUGGUGGAGCCUGAGCUACCUGGCGAGCACUCUGCGUGAGACUAGGAUGCGGCGAAACGCCGUUAAGUACCGCCUUUAUCGUACCUUCAGUGGUCUUCUCAUUUUUGUUGGCAUCGGUAAGCAACAGCGUCCUCCCCCACAGUUGUUAUUCUUCGGUCUCCGUUGUCUAUUUUUUGUAAAAGUUCAAUUUAUAAGCGCAUUCGGAGGAAAAGUGAACUUUUAA